AUGUCCACCUCAGAUAAUGAGUGGAAUAUUUCGUUUGUUGGUUGUGGAUUUUUGGGAAUUUAUUACUUUGGAGUGUACAGUUGUCUGUUGGAACGGGCUCACCACCUAAUUAAAAGUACCAGUAAAAUUUGUGGUGCUUCAUCAGGAGCACUGAUAGCAGCUAUGAUAGUGUGUCAAAUGUCACCAGCAAGGUGCUGUGAAAAUCUGAUGGCAAUAGCCAAAGAGGCUCGAAAAGGCACGCUGAGCUCCAUGCAUCCCUCCUUUAACCUGUUGAAGUUAACCAGGCAGCUUAUGGUCCAAGAGCUGCCCGAUAACGCUCACCUCCUUGCCAGUGGGAAACUGUGUGUGUCGCUAACACGUCUUUCAGAUAGGAAGAAUGUGCUGGUGUCAGAGUUCACCAGCAAGGAUGAUCUCAUCCAGGCUUUAUUUUGUAGCUGUUUUUUCCCCCUGUACUGUGGCAUAGUGCCACCUAGUUAUCAUGGCACUCGCUAUGUAGAUGGUGCUUUGAGUGAUAGUGCUCCUUAUUCCAGUCUGAAGAAUACCAUCAUUGUGUCACCAUUUUCUGGUGAAAGUGACAUCUGUCCAUAUGACAACCCAGUCUACUGCCAAGAAGUCAGACACUGUAACAUGAGCAUCAAUGUCAACUUGGCUAAUGUGCACCGUGUUAGCCAAGCAUUUUUCCCACCAGAACCUGAGGUUAUGGCAGAGAUUUGUCAAAACGGAUACAAGGACGCGCUCAGGUUUCUGAAGGAAAAUGAUCUCUUCAACCAGGACUCCUUUAUGAUCAAUUCAUACAACUACACAUGGCAAGAUGAUCACCGUGAACCCAGACAAUCUGGAUCACACAGUGGACAGACCUGUGUGCUGGAUAAACAGGAUAAUAACCUGCUGCCUGCAUCCAUCCAGAAAGUCUUUUAUGAGGCUACAAAGAAACACAGAUGGAUGAGUGAACUAUUUGCAGUGAAGUUGGUCACAUCCGUACUGAUGGUGUGCGUUUUGCCUGUAGAGAUUGUCUACUUUCUGUUUCUCAGAUUUGUUGGCUGGAUGUUGGAGAUGGUGUCUGAUCUUCUGUGCCUGUAG